CUCGCGCCAUGGAAAAUACGUUUGUUGAGGAUUGCUCCCUCUGCAGACUUACAAUCCGAUCUCACAUGCGAUCUUCUAACCGCGGACCUGGUACCCUUUCCCGGCGUGGGGUUGGUGGUAGAGUCUGCCAUUGUACAGUAUGAGGCACUCUCCUACACAUGGGGCUAUCCAGUACUCACCAAAUCCAUCAACUGUAGCGGUCUGCGCCUCCCGGUUUCCGAAACCAUGUAUGAAGCUCUUCGUUACAUUCGCAGAAAAGACAUAACUUCGUAUCUGUGAAUUGGUGUCUGCUGCAUAAACCAAAGGAACCUCAGCGAGAAAUCAAGGCCGGUCGAGAUGAUGUUUGUCAUCUUUCAAAAGGCAGUGAGGGCUGUGACGUGGCUAGGAACACCAUCACUAGAGGAGGAGCUCCAUGUAUACUCUCUUAGCCGCCCGCCGAACAAUAAACGAUGCCAUCAUGAUCAUUACGACCGUAACUUAGCCCUGGCCCGCGAUGCCGCGAUGCGACUGAUUACCUCAAGUGCCGUCUUUCUGCGUACUUGGAUCAGGCAGGAAGUCUUUGCCGCCCAAGACAUGAAGAUCGUCUGCGGAAAG